AUGUCCAAUUGGCAGAGCCCACCACCAGGUGCAGGAUUCUAUCCAGGACAACAAGGGUACCCGUAUCCACCACAGAACCCUGGUUAUCCACCAAACCCGGGAUAUCCACCUAAUCCAGGUUAUCCACCUCCUCAAGGCGACUGGAACCAAGCACCACCAGCUGGAUUUAUUCCAACGGGCGGAAACUACGGACAAGGACCACCACCAAUUCCACCUACUGCAGCUUUUGGUCAAGCUCCAGGAAUGUACGGGGCAAACUAUGGUGACGAGGCCCUUCACGAUGAGCCAAAAGGCUUUGAUUUCAGUGACAAAACAAUUAGACAGGGUUUCAUCAGAAAAGUCUAUGCUAUUUUGAUGUGCCAGCUGCUGUUGACAUUGGGUGUUAUUGCACUUUUCUUGUACCACAUUCCAACUAAGCGCUAUGUACAAGAACACCAAGGAAUAUUUUGGGCCGCUCUUGUUCUUAUGCUAGUCUCGUUAAUUUGUAUGGCUUGCUGUACAAAUGUAAGACGUAAAGCUCCGAUGAACUUCAUAUUUCUUUUUAUAUUUACCAGUGCUGAAAGUUUCCUGCUCGGUACGCUGUCAUCUCGAUAUGAAAGUCAAGAGGUAAUACUGGCAGUAGGAAUAACAGCAGCAAUAUGUUUUUCAUUAACAAUUUUUGCAUUCCAAACUAAAUGGGACUUCACUGGCAUGGGAGCUGCGCUCUUUGUUGCUGUAAUGUGUCUUAUGUUGUUCGGAAUAAUUGCCAUGUUCUGGCACGGCAAAACAAUAACAAUCGUUUACGGCGCUGUCGGUGCAUUAAUAUUCUCAUUGUAUUUAAUCUACGACACUCAAUUGAUGCUGGGUGGUAAACACAAGUAUUCCAUUUCACCCGAAGAGUACAUAUUUGCUGCAUUAAAUCUUUACCUUGAUGUUGUUAACAUCUUUAUCUAUAUUUUGUCGAUAAUUGGAGCUUCUCGCGAUUAA